CCACUAGCAGAUUGCAAUAGAAAAAAAAAAAUAAAUAAAUAAUCAACCCGCCAACAUGUCGAUGAUAUUAAGGCUAAACUUACGUUCGUCCUUGAUGCUACAGCAGGUGCGCCUCAACUCUAGGGCCAAGUCAGAAGCUGCAGCUAGCGCCAAAACAAUUCCGAAGAACCUGCUAGAGAACAAGCAAACAGCCGUUUUGCAGAAGGAGAAUGGGGCCAUCUUCGACAAGCGACCCUUCAAAAUUAGCCUGGACAAAGAAAAAACCUACAGCUGGUGCCUGUGCGGCAAGUCCAAAUCUCAGCCCCUAUGCGACGGCAUGCACAAGAAUGAGUUCCUCAAGAUCAAGCAAAGGCCCAUUCGCUUUAAAGUGGAGAAAACGGGCGACUACUGGCUCUGCAAUUGUAAACAAACCUCACAUCGGCCCUUCUGCGACGGCACUCACAAGCAACCUCACAUCCAGACAGCUGUUAAAUAGUUUAAGCAUAAUGUGAUAAGCUCAUGUUCACUUCUAUUAUGUAAAAAUCGAAAAUACAAAAAUUUGUACUUCGAAUCAAGCAACAUUCUAGAUAAAAGCACGUCAAAUGUAUACUACAAAUAGAGAAUUCUAUUCCAGUGAUGAUCUAUCAAA